CUCCGGGUCCUGUUUUAGUUCUUGAAUGGAACGUCGCCGUUUGUUUUACAGACUCAGUGAAUAAGAACGAAUAAUACAGGUCAACAUUUGCUGUAGACUUGAUGUUACAUGUAUAAAACUGUGCAGAUAUAAACUCUGGACUAUACAAGUGUCAAUGCAAAAUAAUUCACCAUGGGAUAGGAAACGUGCAAGAAUCAGAGAACUUAAUUACAGGUCAACUCAGCAUUCAGCAUUGGUUUAUAUACAUGAAUUAACAAUUGGUAUAAGAGUAGACUGUCUUGGAUUUAACCUACUUGGAAAUAAAUAUACUACGUCAGUUUUCCAUAUCAUCAUUGAUCAUGUCAGGCAAUGAUACAUCUCAACCGAUAUGGCCACCUUCUAAUUUUGAGCUCUGGCCACUUACAAGGAUCGCUGCACUAGUUGUCAAUGGAAUCCUUACACUGGCAUUUAUCUGGUUUCUCGUUAUAAUUCCAAUAGCACACUUUGGAAAUCAGAAAAGGAAACUUUCAACAGUGAUGAUAAGUGACUCAUACGCAAGGCGUUGGGGAUUGAUUGUAUAUGGAAAGGACGUCAUAAGAUUAAUAGAAAAUCAGUUUACCUUUGAUGGCUACAGAAUUUGCUGUUUUUGUCUCCAGAAAGCUCAAUUUGAAUACAAGGACAUACUUAGUGUAGAAGCUGUGAGGAAUCCAUUGUGGCCAUAUGGAUUAAUAUGGGCAUUUUUCAGCAGUUGUCUGUGUGGGAUUUGGCUUCAUUUCUGGCCUUGUAUUUGGUGGACUUGUGAUUGGGGGUAUUAUGAUGGCCAGGGUGUUCGUGGAGGGAUAUGGUUCGGAUCAUGGGCACUACUUUUUAUUCUUAUGUGUUUUCGUACACGUACAGCUAUACUGUUGAUCAAGUAUCAGUAUCACAGUGAAUCACCUGUAUGUGAACAAUACAUUCAUAUCAAAGGUGGAAAUUGCUAUGACACUGAAAAUGAAGAAAUCAAGACUCUUAUUAAUAAAAUCAAUGCAUUUAGGGAUCAUUGGCGUGAUGUGGACAAUAACAAAGAACACCCAUCCCUGAGGGACUCUUAGAGAGCGCAAGAUUAUGCACAAAAAGCUAGCCUAGUGUCUAACAUUUAGCCAAGGAGUACAAAUUAUCUUAUGUCACUGCUGCAUUGAUAAUUCCAGCCGAUAAAAAAUAUUACUUUUUAAUGUCUUCAAUUUAAAAAUGUAAAAUACAGUUUAA